AAGCCCCGGGCAUCAUUUUAUGGUUGCACCAGGAAAACCUUCGGUGGAUAUUUAACGCUACACAAACCCAAGUUCCGGUCUCUUUGGUUUCCUCUUCGUCGGAAAGAUGACGAAGGGUACGUCCUCCUUCGGAAAGCGUCGUAACAAGACGCACACACUCUGCCGCCGCUGCGGCUCCAAGGCUUACCAUCUCCAGAAGUCUACCUGCGGAAAGUGCGGUUACCCUGCCAAGCGCAAGCGAAAGUACAAUUGGAGUGAGAAGGCCAAGAGACGCAGCACCACUGGCACUGGCCGUAUGAGACACAUGAAGGUGGUCUUCCGCAGGUUCAGAAAUGGAUUCCGUGAGGGCACUGUUCCCAAACCCAGACGGUCUGCGGUGGCAGCAUCCAGCUCCUCCUAAAGUCUCAAACGUCAAUAAAAUUGUUCAGUAAAA